AUGACAAGACCCGACUACCUCACCGUCCGAGGUAUCUCUUCUUUUGGCGCCUUCCGUCAACUUGCCGUUCUGGAUUCUGAACCCGAAAAUCCAUCUCGGCAACUCCUCGCCAAAUACCCCGGUCUCACUCGUCCCAACUUCAGCACACCUAUUCCACAACACGACGUUGUUCACCGCAUCCGGACCACUGGCCCUCCCGCGAUUUCACAGCCCCGCAGUCUCGUGCCUGCACGAUUGUCUGCCGCAAAUGCCGAGUUCGAGCACAUGCUUCAGAUGGGCAUCAUCCGUCAAUCUGAAAGCCCAUGGGCCUCGCCCCUCCACAUGGUGCCAAAAGUCGCCACCGGUGGCUGA